AUGAGUUCGCCAGCCUCAAAACGUAUGCGUUUGUCGACGUCGCGAUCGUCGCUCUCUGGCCGGAAAAGCCUCCAGGGAGGACCAUCCUCCCUGCCGCGCCCGCCGUCUGCAGCCGGACAUAGACAUACUACCACGCAACCUACUUACGACUUCCUUACAGGCGGAGUAGAUGACGACCCCGCGCAGCCACUGCGGCAAUCGAGGCUACGCCAGCCGUCAGUGUCGAGACUAGAUCAUGCUCACGACGAGAACCUACGGGCACGGGUUAAUUCUCUCGAGUACGAACUGAAGAAUCUGCAGCAAGAACGGGGUUUGCUAGCACUACAACAUGACAAGGAACUUCGCGACCAGCAAGCAAGGGCUGAGGCUGAUUUCAAGAAGUAUCAAGCGGCUGAGAGCGCAGCGCAGAAGGCCAUUCAACGACAAGAAGCCCUGUCUAGAGAACUACGAGAGGCUCAGGAUCAGAGCAUAAACGAGAAGACUGCCUUAGAGCGGAAGCUCCGCGACCUGCAAGACCAGAACUCCUCGCUCAAAGAAGAUGCCGAAGAUGCACAGGCACGUCUGGCCGGUCAAGAACGACACUACAAAUAUCAAAUGGACGACGUUGAGGCAAAACGGGCGGCUCUCCAAGAAACGGUCGAUAAUCUGAAACGAGAACUGGAAGAAUUCGCCCAUCAUUUCGAGUCGACACAGGCCCGGCUGUCACAACGAGAUAACCAGGUCGAAAUCCUCGAGGCCGAGGUGGCCGCAUUAAAAUCACAUUCUUCAGAUAGCGAGACACUGAACGUUUUACAGACCCAACUUUCGGAGCAAGUGGCGCACAUUCGGAGCCUCGAAGCGACCAACAGAGAACAGCUUGGUGAGCUGCGACGAUUGCGGGAAGCUCAUCGCAGUGUCCAGGUAGUGCAGGAGCAAAAACAUGGGCUCGAAGUUGAACUGCAGGUCUUGAAGGAUGUUGAGAGACAACUGGGCGAGGCUCAGAUACAAAAAGAGAUCCUUGAGGACGAGAAGCGAACCUGGACAACACUGUUGGAAAGCAAUGGAAAUGAGAGCGAAUUGAAAUCUCCCGAGGCCGUGGUCAAAGCUCUCAUUCAACAACGUAUCGAGUAUGCGUCGGUCAUGGACAGGCUGGGUACGGUGGAGAGCGACCUGGCAGAGAAAGAUGAGAUCAUCAGAUCCCUCGAAGGAGACAAGGCAUCAUUAAAGGCAGAAAUGGACAAGUUGAAGACGACGCAGGCCGCCCAGGUCGACGCAAUCCCCGACAACAAAGCGUACAAGCGGUUAGAGCGACAACGAGUCCUUGCGGUCAAAGAGGUCGAAUAUUUGCGGGCGCAACUGAAGACCUUUGACACCGAGGAAACUGUACUGAUGGACAACCAGAAUUUCGACGCCCAGCGCUCCGAACAGAUCAAGCAAUUGGAAGCUUUGGUGGAUCAGUACAAGUCCGAAGUGCAGACACUCCAUUCAGAUCUUUCGAAACUAGAGUCGGCGCCCCCAACAGUCCAGCCCACCCAAGAUGAACCGAGAGGGACCAAACGCUCCGCAGAAUCGCAGGAAGCUGAUGGCGAAGGCAAUUCGCAGUUGGGUGCACUAUUGCGGAAGAAUAAAAAUCUUCAGAUUGCGCUACAGAAGACUGCUCAGCAGUCGCAGAUGUUGGCUACAGACCUGCAGGCAACCAAGACACAGCUGAAAGCGUUGCGAGAGAGCUCCAAAACGCGGAUUCUGGAGCUCCGAGAUAAUCCCACAGCCAACUCUGAGGCCGUCAAGAUGUCAACGCUCCGGACGCUGAAGCAGGAAAACGCCGAGCUCCUUGCACAGCUGCGUGGAGGGGACCUUCAGAGCGUGAAGAUGGUGCCCACGAGCACUGUGGAUGCACUCAAACUAGAUCUGAAAGACAUGGAGAUGGUGGUGGCGGAGAAAGAGAAGCGCAUGAGACGACAGCGAGAAAUCUGGACGCAGAAGGCUGCCGAGUUUCGAGAUGUCAUUGCCAGUGUGCUGGGCUACAAAGUCAACUUUCUCCCCAAUGGCAAGGCAAAGGUGUCUAGCCUGUACUACGGACACCCUCACGGGGCAGACGAAGACAGCGAUGAAGAGGAUGAGCAUUAUAUUGUUUUCGACGGAGACAACGGGACGAUGAAGAUCAGUGGAGGUCCAGAAAGUGCCUUCGGCGAAGAGAUCAGAGAGCUGGUCAACUUCUGGGUGAAGGAGAAGAAGCAGAUUCCAUGUUUCCUGGCGGCCAUGACACUGGAGUUCUAUGAGAAAUUUGCAAGCAGCGCAAGGCCGGACGAACCAUAG